CUACUCUGACAACAAGAACAAACUCAUUCAUAUUUGCUUGUCAUUGCUGCCGACUAAUAAUUUCCUUUAUUUAAUUUCUUAAUGAGUGAAUCCAUUUAACUAUAUUACGAUAUAUACUUAAAUAAAAUAUUUUAUUACACGAAGGAUCAUGAGUUCCAUCGGAACAGGUUAUGACCUCUCAGCGUCACAGUUUUCGCCUGAUGGCCGUGUUUUUCAAGUGGAAUAUGCAGCUAAAGCGGUAGAAAAUUCUGGAACAGUAAUUGGCCUGAGAGGGAAGGAUGGUGUGGUGUUUGCAGUUGAAAAACUGGUCACAUCGAAGUUGUAUGAGCCUGGUGCUAAUAAGAGGAUCUUUCAUGUUGAUGAGCAUGUUGGCAUGGCCGUAGCAGGACUUAUUUCAGAUGCUCGUCAAAUCGUCGAAACAGCUCGUUCAGAAGCGUCAAACUACAGAUCUCAGUAUGGAGUGCCAGUGCCUCUGAAAUACUUAAAUGAACGUGUUUCCAUGUACAUGCAUGCAUAUACACUAUACAGCGCUGUCCGUCCAUAUGGCUGUUCCAUGGUCAUGGGUACUUGGACGGAUUAUGAAGGACCACAGAUGUACAUGUUGGAUCCUAGUGGAGUUUCUUUUUCAUAUUUUGGCUGCGCCGUCGGCAAAGCCAAGCAAGCUGCCAAGACUGAAAUUGAGAAACUGAAAUUGGGUGAUCUCACCGUUAAAGAGUUGGUGAGGGAGGCAGCCAGAAUCAUCUAUUUAGUACAUGAUGAAUUAAAAGAUAAACAAUUCGAGUUGGAACUGUCCUGGGUGUCGGAGGCGACUAAAGGGCGUCACGAAAUGGUGCCCAAGGAACUGGCGAAAGAAGCGGAGAACGUGGCUAAACAGGCCCUGGCCGAUAUCGAGGAUUCUGAUGAGGGAGACAUGUGAACUUAGUUAAUACAUUUUUAUUAUAAA